AUGCCGCCAACCCCGCUUCGAAUCGCGCAGACGACUAGCGAAGUGAAGAAGCAGCACAAACAGAAUGGACCGCGUCUGCCCGAGCGACAGAUGAAGCAGCUCGAACGCGGCCACGAGCUGGAUGUGCGCGCAGCCCGCCUGCGCGACGCUGAAAAGAAUCGCAAAGCCGCCAAGAAGAAGCGCGAAGAGCGCGAGGACAAGGAGAAAGCUGCCCGCAAGCAAAUGGGGGUGGGGCUGGCGACACAGCUGAUCGGUUACAGCCACACACAGGCGCAGUUAAAGAACGGCAUGGAGGCCUUCUUAGGCGGAAUCUGGAAUCUCACCCGAACGCUUGAGGCUAUUGCGCAGACGGUGGAGAAGGAGCCGUGGGACGACGAUGACGAUGACCAAGACGCCGACAUUGGCCCCGACCUGCCAACCGUUGAGGCGACGCUACUGGAGCAGUUUGUCGACGAUGACCUGGAUGACGACACGCUGCUCGAGGCCCAUGACCUCCUGAUGUCUGACCCUCUUGAACAGCCUCCCGCACACGUGCAGCACCCACAACCCUCACUCGCGCCCCCACCCCCACCACCUCCUGCCCCGCCCCAUCCGACGCCGACCAAAGACGAUGCCGACUUUGCACGUCUGCACGGUCCUAUAAACAAAGCCAUUGAGAAUAUCUUGGACCAGCUGCCGGAGCCGCUUAUCGAACUGCUCUCGCAGGACGUUUCGCUGAGGCUGCCGGAAUGGGACCCUACGCCUGGUCUCCUCCAUAAGCUCAACUCUGUUGGCCUACCACCCCAUCGGCUGCGAGUCAAAGUGGGCAGUGUUGUCAGUCUUCUGCGGGACCUCAACACGAGCAGUCAGCUCUCCAAGAGCCAACACCUCCGUAUCCUCCGCGCCGAGAACGAGCGCUUAGAGUGUGUCGUGUUAGACGGCCAGCUCGAAGGCACCAAAGCACUGCUUACUCGGGUCCCUUUCCCUGCCAAGUAUAGAAACGAAAGUCAGUACACGUUCCAGCGUUUGCAGUUUCCCGUCCGCGUCUCUACCGACUAUACAUACCGAAAUCUUCCCCUCGACACGCCCUCGUCAGGCUUUAAGCUACCCACGGUGCCAGGACAUAUGCGUUCUUCCAGCUUGUCUAAGAAAGCAAGCAUCUGUAUACCAACGGCCAGGCCACAGGUCAACACGAACCCAACGUUCAAGCUUCCAGCUUUGCCAGCUUCCAACAAGUCCCUAUCUGAUAUCUCGCAGCCCAAGCCGAAUCAGGAGCCAGUACUGUCUCCGAUACCAUCACUGGGUGAUUGUUGGGACGACUUCCUUGAUAGUGGCACUCAGAUUGCGCGCGAGUUGUCACAGGCGCCCGUGCCGUCCAUUCAACCACCUUCCAUAACGGAAAGCCUUCCACCACUCUCUACGCAAGACUUCGAUUUCUCUAUUGAUGACCUCGACGACACCCCUGGUUCAGCUCCCGCAAAUUUCACAGCUCCAACUCCGACCCGUGGCUUGGUCAGAACUACAUCCUUGCCCACAGUGACGAAGCCAUCGUUCAGCCGCCUGCCUCCUGCCCAGAGUGCUGGGGGCACCACCCAUGCAGCGCCGCCAUCACGAAGAAGUGGUAUUGUACUGUCGCGCAAGACAAAGCCACUGCCCCAGCAACCCAUCGUACCUGUACUCCGACGCGAAGACAUCUCACCAUCGCAACGACCAGACUCUGUGUCUGACCGUCCAGGCCUGUUCAAGAGGAAAGCACGCACAACGCUCUCUUCGUCGAAAAACCAGAUAAAGCGACGAUGUGCGGUGGCGGCACGACCAGCAGCCGGUCCCAACCCACCUAUCCGGCAUACUACGGUUGGUGCCUUUAGCGAUUUCGGAAUCUCGACGCAAGAAGUGGCUUCUUUCUUCUCCGAUGAUGAUGACAUGUUUUCUGGCUCACCACCUAUCGCCGUAUGA